AAACACGAAGUUGAAUGACAGAUUUCUCGGUCAGGGCGGAGGACUUACCGAGGUGAAUCGCCUGCUGCUGCCUCCACACAUUCUCCAGGUGUGGAGGCAGCAUUCGCUUCCGGAAAUCAUCCUUGGAUCUCGUGCUCGUAUUGAUUGGCGAGUGAAUGUAAGAAUGCCAUGAGGUUCAAAUUUCUUUCUUCCGGAUCGGGAAGGAAAGUACGGCUGUCGCGCUUUUUCAGUACUUGACGGGGAUCCCCCACUUCACAAUCGUCCUCACCUCGGCGGAAUUUCGAAGCAGAUUCACGGAGUCGCCCUGCAGAGCAAAGAGCAGAUUGAGGGAGUCGCAGUUAUGGCGAAUCAUAAUGACAGAGCCGAAGGUACCAAGCUGAAUCUUUUUCUCACAAGCGAGUACCCUCGUACUCCAACCAAUCGCAAUUUUUGCAGGAGGGAGAGCUCUUGCUGCGUUUUCGCAUUGUUGGCCAGCCGGCUGGUAAGAGCAUCGCGUGGGCACGAUGCUGCGUUUCGCAGCAGGCAAGAAGAACAAGAAGGCGGCCGAGCUCAAACAGAUCAAAAGGCGAGCAAGAGAUUCGUUCUCGACCCCGGGUAACAUUUUCCUCAAGUAUGCGACUUACAUGGUCGAGGACGAUGAGGCCAAAAAGAAGGCCAAUGAAGCUUUUUUGUACGGGAAUAAAAAAGGGAGAUAUAAAUACAUAUCCCUGGAACAGCUGCCUUGCGGAGACAUGUUCAGGAACAAGCAUCACAUGCAGUACGAUCCCACCGCAGACUGGCAUGUUCCAGUCAACGAUGUGUACUACCUUGCGCGCAGGAAGAAAGAGGUCAAGAAGCCUGCGGUGCCCGUCAAAGCCAAAGCGUCAGAUCCCCCGAAGCUCAAACAAGUUCUAAAACUCAGGCCCCGAAGAUUGACCGACAGGAGGAAGAGCAUGAACCCCAGAGGUAUCUAUGAAAGGCCCCCGAUGAAUCCCGAUCCCAAAGGAAUGUACAAUGGGUUCGGCCGGAAGCCCACAUUCGUUCCGCCCCCGACACCUCCACCGGAGGAAGAAUCAUCGAGUUCUUCGUCCGAGGAAGAGGAUCCGGUCGCCCCGAGAAAAUUAAGGGUGAAGGAUGUUUUCAAAGGCCAUGGAGCGAAGAAAGCAAGUAUUUUCAUGACAUUGAAACUCGAGGAGAAGAAGAAGCGUCAGUCCAUCGACGACCCACCGACCCCGCCUCCAGCUAAAGUGGAAAGCUCGAGCAGUUCCGAGGCUGAAGCAAGGCCUCAGAAACUCGUGAAACGCAGGGUUAAAGACAAGCUCAGGAGUGGUUCCGCAUCCUCUCGAAGCAGUAUAUUUAUCAAGUGGGAGCGAACGCUGGAGGACGACGAUGAUCCAUGUUCCAGGGAGCCAUUGUUUAAAUACGGAGGGAACUCAGACAGCUCGGAGGAACCGCCCAAGAGAGAAAAAGCGAGUUACGAGAAAUAUGCCAUUUGUUACAGAAAGCACGACCAGGUUGCGGAUGUUUGCUUGGCCUGCGAAAAGGAUGAAACUUAUGGACUGUUUACCGAAUCUUUAAAAUCCGAGCCAUGGAAGUUGCCGAUGGGCAAACCGGACCCCAAGACAAGCAUGGUCAUUGUUACACCUGGAGACAAGAAAAAGAAGGAGGGCGUUCCUCACUCAAGAUUGCCGGUUUGCUACAUGUUCGACCAUGAGGUCGACCAUACAUACCACGCCAAAAAGGCCGCAGCCACUGCCACUGAGAAGGCCAAAAUGAGGAAACACUUGUCCAAAACUUUGAGGAAACUUCACUGCCACCUUUACAAGCCUGAGAAAGAUGAGAAAGACCCUGCCGCUGCGCCGAAGCGCGCCAGCUAAGUCUUCGAAACUCCAUCCCCCUUCAGUCAUCAUCCGACGGCAGGUUUCAUUGCGCUGUACGUGUCUUUCGUGUUGGGCAUGAAUGACGACGACGAGGACGACGAGGACGACGAGGACUCGAUCGAUUGCUUGAUGAUCGGAUCGCCUCAUUCGUGCAGACCCCAAGCCCAACGUCAACCACAAGCACGACGCUGCUGUUUAGGGCGGGCAUCAUCUGUAACCGUUACGCACAAGCGUAAAUGCUCGCCCAGUAAUAGCAUCCAAAUGAUUAAUAGAACCGGAAAGAACGACAAUAAUUAUUUCUUCAUCAUAGAAAAAUAGCAGUACGAUAAACUGGCCGUAUUCUAGCACUUUCAUGGUCUUCCUGCAAGUCAAUGGGUGCAACUUGGCAUCGACUUCAUCGCUUGCCACGAUGGUCUUUCUGUCAAUUCUCGAAGACAAAAUUAAACCUGAAAAGCGCUCAAGGCUUAUGAUUUCGAGGUGUAAGAAGAUCUCUAGCAUGUAACAACAGCGGGCUGAACAUCUUGACAUGUGGAUGUUCUUGAUUUCUGUGUCAAUUUCGACAUGUGUGCGAUCUAAAUGG